AUGACAGAGAAAAAACAAACCGUAGAUCUCGGUUUACUGGAGGAGGAUGACGAGUUUGAGGAAUUCCCAGCCGAAGAUUGGACGGGGCUGGACGAGGAUGAAGAUGCUCAUGUUUGGGAAGAUAACUGGGACGACGACAACGUUGAGGAUGAUUUCUCCAACCAGUUAAGAGCGGAGCUGGAAAAACAUGGUUACAAGAUGGAGACGUCGUAG